AUGGAGCAAAGAGGAGAAGGAGGGGCAGCAAUAGGGGCAGGAGCUGGAGCGAAGAUAUAUAUACUACUGUACGCGGAUGACGCGGCUGUAGUGGCGGAGGAGGGAGCGGAGCUAGGGAAGAUGCUGAGGACUCUGGAACGUUGGGCUGACGAAAACUGGAUGGAGGUAAGCGUGGAAAAAACAAAGAUAAUGAUCUUCAGGAAAGGAAGAAGAAAAAGCGCGGAGAGCUGGAAGUACAAAGGAAAAGAGGUAGAGAUAGUGAAGGAGUUCAAGUAUUUAGGGUUCUGGUUCACGACAAGGAAUACAUUCGAAAAGCAGUCGAGGAAGCUAGCUGGAAAGGCACCGAUGAUGAUAAAUAAGGGCUGGGGAGAAAUGACGCGAGAGAGGUUGAAAAACCUAAGAAGGAGGCUGUAUUUUAUGGGGGCGACAGUGAAGGUGGCGGCGUUGUAUGGAGUGGAGCUGUGGGACUGGAAAAGGCAGGAGGCAAUUGAGAGAGUACAGAAGAAGUACAUCAAAGCAAGCAUGGGACUAGCAAGGAAUACGUCAGACUAG